AUGGAUUUUACGAGAAUCAUUGAAAACAUAAUUGCUGAGUUACAGCAGGAAAGCAAUGCAUUGAGAUCGAAGAUCAGGGAUCUUGAAGCUUCUUCAAACACUCUCACCGUCAAUCUAGAAGAGUCAUACAAAAAGUUAUUAGAAGGCACUGCAGAGAUUGUAAUUAUUAAAUCUGAAAAAGAUAUUCUUUCUGAAAAACUGAACAGGCUAAACUUUGAAUAUCAUGAGCUUUCAGAGAAAAUUGCUCAACAAGAUGUUAACAGAGAUAAUUUUCAAAGAGAAAUAAAUAACCUUCAGGAAAAGUUGACUGAGAAUGUGCAAGAGAACCUGCAAUUCCAAGACAUGGAAAAUGAAAUUGGGAGACUGCUUGAUUUGGUAAAUAAUGCAAUCCAGGAAUCUGAUCAUCCUGCAGUUCCUUCUGAUGGUAGUGCAAUCAAGAGGUUGGAACUACUACUGAAAAUACUUGUUGAUAGAUACAUAAACCUUGUUGCAGAGAAGUCUAUGCCUGAAGAUUCUACGGGAUCUGUGCCUAAAGAUGCUGUGGAGCUUGUUUGUGCUGCAAACCAAAUUUCCACGAGUAACAGUGAAUUAGGAGAUGUUCCACAUAACAUAGCACAGGAGUUAAGCAGCAUGAGAAUAGAAUUUGACAAUGCCAUCUCUAAUCUGAAUUUGUUGACAGAUGAAAAAAAUGAAUUUAUGGAGAGGGAGCACCUUACUCAGGAGGAGGAAAAGUCUGCUUCUAUCAGAGAGAAACUAAAUAUUGCUGUCAGGAAAGGAAAAGGACUUGUGCAGCAAAGAGAUGGCCUGAAGGAAGAAAUUGAGAAAAUGAAUAUUAUGAUAACACAUUUGAAUUCUGAGAGGAACCGGCAAGUAGAAGCAUUAGAAUCAGAAAAAGAAAUAUUAGAAAAUCAGUUUAAAGAGACUGUACAGCAUUUGGCUAACAAGAACCAGACAUUAACAUCUGCAGAACAAGAAGCAAAGAAAUCCAAACGAACAGCUGAGCUGCUACUAGCUGAGUUGAAUGAAGUUCAAGAAAGGACUGAUAUCCUGCAGGAGGAACUUGGGAAAGCAGAAGCUGCACUUUUUGAAGCAUAUAAACAGAAAGAUGCUGCUGAGUUUGCUAGAGCAUAUGCUUUUCGCCAUCUUGAGGAAAUUAAUUUGCUUUAUUCUGAGGAAAGAGGCAAACAGAUUGAAAAUCUUGCUGAAUUAAGGUCUGGCAUUGGCCAGUUGGUUUAUGAAGGAUUUUGA